GCAGCUCAUCUCUAGUUGUCGUUUACGUGCACUACAACAAAAACUUUAGCGAGCAGGAUUUUUGAGACAAUUGAAACAACUCUAAGCUUUUCAUAAAAAAAACCAAACAUAUUUUUAAAAAUGGCCAGCGGAGCUGAUCAGAACGCUCCAGCUGGUGACAGUCAGGACGACAACAUUGUGAACGAGCAGCCAAUUGAAAUAAGCUCCGACAGCAACGAGGAAAGCGCCAGUGGAGCUGAAUCAGAGACGGAGAGUGAGGUUAGCGUAUUGAGCUCGCUUGGCGACACCAGCGAUUCGCAUGAUGAGCAAAAGAUGGAGGAUGAGUUUGCGGCCAUAUUGGCCAGGCCAGCAAAGAAAUAUAAACAUUAUAUGGAUCUGUGUACAACGGCAUUCAAAUUGAAUGUCUUCGAUAAGAUUGAGGUGGCCAUCAAUGAAUUCCAAAAAUAUACCACCAUACCAUCGCAUAUAUGGCUUCGUUAUCUCAAAACACUUAAGGUGGUCACCCAGACGCCGGCGGAGCGCGCCGUUUUUGAAACGAAAUGCGCCUCCGCGCUGAGCAGCUUCUAUGAUGAACAGCUUGCUGAUUUUGUUGUAAAAAGCUUAUUGGAACAGCCACUCAUGGAGCAGCAUCCGAUGUGGUCCAAAUUGCUGGCUGAUUAUGGUCUGGAGCGUGUCGAUUUUGUCGAACAAGUGCGCAAAUUGCUCAGCUCCAUGUCGGAGAAGGAUGACGUUGAGCUAAUUGAGAAAGCAAUGAGCGCCAAGUGCGUGACAUGGAACUGCAGCGACGAGCAGUUGCAGUCAAUCUCCAAUUUAAUUGAUGAUUUCAAACAGAAGCUGAAGGCCAGCACAGAGAACUCAUCCUGGCUACAGGAGAAUUUCAUACUCAAAGUGGACGCCUUGUCGCUCGGCAUUAAUAUCAAAUGCACCUUGGUCAAAUUGAUUUACGAACGUUGCCUGGCCAAAUAUCCCACUGAUAGUCGCCUCUGGUUGGACUAUAUUGCAUAUAUGGAAAAACCUAUAGAGUCGGCAAAUAGAGCCUUGCAUCACACCAGCGUCAAUGAUGGUUAUCUCAAAUGCAAGCCCUUGGAUCUGAUCAACCGUGUGCUGCAGUUGAAACCGACAAUGGCGCUCAAUCAUAAGUAUUUGGAAUUGAUGGAGCAACACAAUCUCAGCCAGGAGCAAGUGGAAACUGAGAUAACCCGGCACCUAGAACGCUUGGAGCCGUACAUGGACAUGAAUGUUGAGCUGCAGUUGGACUACUUGGCAUAUCGCGUGCGCCACACCGAGGUUGAUGAUGAGCAACAGGUCAAGAAGUUGCGUGCCGCAUUUCGUCAGGUGUGGGAUCGUCUCUCCGAUCUUUACGGCGACCAGGCAGACACAAGCUACGAGGUGCUCCAGUUAUGGGCACAGGUCGAGUAUGCAAAGUUGCACAGUCCCGAUAAUGGCGCCUCCAUCUGGUGUGAGAUACUAAAUUAUCCCGGCAGCAGCGUCAAGAGCCACCUGUGGCUGGCCUAUGCCCAAAUGGAAAGCGAAUACAAUAGUGGGCGCAAGAUGACGACAGUGCUGCGCCAGGCUUUAUCGGCACUGUCGAUGACACCGGACGUCCAUGUCAUUGCGGAGCUGUAUCGUCGCAACGAACGUUGUUUUGGCACCUAUCAAACAAUAGCCGAUUGCCAGGCAUACUGCGAAGCAUACAUGCAGGUGCACAGCAAGGUAGAAACUUAUCGACAGCCGUCCUCCACAUGGCGUGGACAGGGCGAUAGAAAGCAAAUGGGAAACCAAAAGCCUGUCAAAAGGCCGAGCGCACCGUUGCCCAGAAAACAGGUGCCGGCAGCCAAGAAAAUAAUGCCGCCAGGGCCACCAUCCAAAGAGCCCAAAGAGUCGAACUUUAAGUAUUCACCGAAUUUGGAAGUCAAUAAGAUAUUUAUAAAGAACUUGUAUCCACGUUGCACCAAAGAGGAUCUGUCCGAUGCAUUCAAAUGCUUUGGCAACAUCAAGGAUGUGCGUUUGGUAUACAAACACGGCAAUCAAAGAUUCAAGGGCAUUGCGUACAUUGAGUUCGAAAAACCGGAGGAGGCACAAAACGCGGUCAUCUGUGGCGAUGGACUCUGUCUUGGCGGUCAAAACAUUGAGGUGGCCAUUUCGAAUCCGCCGCCAAAACCAGCCGCAGGGGCAACUACAUCCACAGCGUCAGCUGCUGGCCAAAGGAAGCCAUUGAAGCGUCGCAUCCAAACGACAUUAAUACCAACAAGGCUGGUUAUAAAUGAGGUGAAGCGGCGCAAGAAGCUCGAACUGGAUAUGGACGAAGAUGCAGCUGUUAGCAGCACAAUGGACGCCAAUGGCAAAGCCAACAAUGCAAAUGGCAAUGCUGACGCUAAUGACAAUGCCAAUGAUAAAGAUAAUGCCGCUAAGAAAGCCGACGAAUUAGAAAAAUCGGAUGCGCCACCGCCGACUGUUCCAAAAUCCAACGAUGACUUUCGCAAGCUCUUUAAUAUUUAAGCUAAACAUAUGCAAUUGAAAAUUGUAGAUUGCAAAAGUAUCUCGUAUGGAUAUGGUCGUUUUAAGAAUAACAUUUAUGUUAAGUUAUCCAUAAGAAGUUCCUUAACUCAAAAACAAAAAAGCACGAACUCACACACACACACUACGGCAGAAAACUUAGGAGCAGUACAUGUAAUGUUGUUAUAGAGAUUGUGCAUAUGUUAUAUACUAUAUCCAUCAAAAAGGAAAGAUGUAUAUUUAGAACCUAAACAAAAACACUUCAUUUUGGCAUCUAGAGAGACUUCAAUGUGUGCAUAUAAAUAUAUAUAUAUGGACAGAGUUAUGUAUACGUACAUAUAAAUAUUUGUAUAUUGAUGUUAUGUAAUGCAACAGGCGACCUUGUGACCCUACUGAAUAAAUCUUAUGACCACAAAAAGGAAAA